UGUGAAGGUGAAUGUAUGCCCUGUUCCCCAUGCACAUGACUCCGCUCUCUCUCUCUUGAGUGUCGAGUAUAUUUAUAGGAGUAGUGAUCAGCAGCAGAAUUUGGUAAAGCAGUUGUAGAUAGAAGAAAAUGGUGUCUAGAGUGGAAGAAGCCAUGAAGAAGAAGCAGCAGCAACAGCAAGAAGUGCAAAAGCAAAUACAAUGCAACAAAGGAAAAGUUUCCAAGUUCAAGAGAAGCACUUCCAAUCUUGAAGAGGAUGGUGCUUCCUCUGCCAUUCUCUUGCUUGCUUGUAUUGCCUGCACCCCCUCCUACAUAUUGGCAUGAUAUAUAUAUGAACUUCUCAAGAUCUAUCUCUGUUUCUUUCUAUAUGUUUUAUAGGUAGUCUUUAUUGAAUAUGAAUAUUCUAUCAAAUGUAUUAGUUACCUGUUUUGAUUAAUAAGAUUAGUUGCCAGAUACAUAUUAUCAGGAGUUA